AAAAUUGACAUAUUGACAUUGACAGUCCAAAUUCUACCUGAAAAUACGUUUUUAUUGAUCGGACUUCAGAGAAUUUAAGUUAAUACCCAUCCUAUAUAUUUUUUAUAAUAUCAGUUGUAAAUAAACAAAAGGUAUGGUAAAUUUGAUGGAUACUUUGAUGAUUAAUACGGUGACGGACGGAGCUAUGACUUUCUUGCGCCAUAUCGGCGUGUUUAAGUCCAAGACCGUAGAGGCUCCACCAGUAACCAUUAUAGUAAAGAUGCCUCUGUGGGAGUUGGCGCAAGAAGCUGGGCCGUUCGUGCGGCUCGCCGGCCUGAGCGGAGCUUCCGCCGUAGUGCUGGGAGCUAUGGGUGCCCAUCGCACUUUCCCAGAAACGGAAACAAAAGAAGACCUGAGGAAAAUAUUUGAUACUGCUAAUCGGUUCCAUUUCCUGCACACUUUGGCGCUAAUGACAGUGCCACUUUGCAAAAGACCUUUCAUUGCUGGAGCAUUCUUCAUGGCAGGGAUGGGGUUGUUCUGUGGAACCUGUUACUACCAUGCAUUCACUGGAGACCGCAGUUUGCGUAGACUAACACCAAUAGGGGGUUCAUGUCUCAUACUUGGCUGGAUUGCAAUGGUAUUUUAAGAAUAAUAGAAUGUAUUAUGUAAUUAUCAGUCAUAACUGUGUAAUUUAUUACUUCAUUUAUAUUAGAAUCAAUUACAUGAUAAACACUGUCCACAGUAAAAAGUGCUCAUGCAUAAUAUGGUAAAUCCUUUAAAUGAAUGUGAAUUCUCAAGCAGCUAUUUUUAUUCAUAAUUUGUGAAUAUCAAACUACAUAAUAUAAAUACAAAUAUGAUAUAGUCUUAGGUUGUCAUUGAAUUUUAGUAAUAUUUAUUCUCACGUUAAUAACAUUUUUUUACAAUAUCUUCUGGCAGGCUUUACAGGUGUAUUCCCAUCUGUGCCCGGCCCCUGACUGGGGAGUGAUUGAAUUAUUCAUUCCCAUCUAUCCCCAGCGGGCGACAUUUGUAUUAUAACAAAUACAGGAACUGAGGCAGUCACAGAUGGGAAGGAUUCAUUCCCAUUUAUCCCCUCCGGCCACAGAUAGGAUUGGAUCCUUCCUAUUUGUGUCUGGCGGGGACAGAUGGAUUGCAACUAAACCCAUCUCCAAGUUUUUCUGUUAAAAGUAUUUAUUAUUAAUAUAUUUCUAAUUAUAUUCAGAUUCAAAUAGUUCUUAGGUUUUGUAGAAUUUAAUUUUAAAACAAAAAAAUGCCUUCCAUACAAUAACAACUUUCAGUGCUCGAAGUGGAAAGUCUUCCUGACUACCACAAAUAGAAAAGAGUCUCAAAAUGUAUUUUUUGGUGACAUGACAUUUUUAUGUGCGUAAAACAGCUUUUAAAUAACAACAGUGACAUUGUAGCAGAAAGCAAGUGAAGAUUAUCAGAAAACUCUGUACAAGGAUAUUAAAAAUAUGAUUUAAUUAUAUUUGGUGAAAACUCAUACAUUCCCAAUACAUUAUAAUACAAUUGUAUUUUUGUUAUAUAGUAUUACAUAUAAAUACAGAUUAUGAAAAAAUAAAAAAACUGCUUGAAAAUGCGCAUUCUGUAAAAAGAUAUACCAAAUCAAGCAUGACCUUUUUAUCAGGGACUAUUUUUAAAUGUCAUUAUUAGGUAUGGGUAUAUUAUUAGAGAAUGCAUGUAUUGUAGGGUUUUCUAGACCAAAACCAUUUUUAGUAUGAGCUUAGCAAUAUAACUUAUUUGAACCCUGUUUCUGUUCUUCCAGUUUACUUGUCAAACUCAAAUAACUUGUGUAGCGGAUAAUGUUCACUGCUUAUAUAAGAUAGAAGUGUUAAUUUUACAUCUAAAUACAUAUUUUUUGCUUA